UCCUUUGGAAAAGACAAACACCACCAGCCCAACUUAAGCUGAAAGAGAUACUUGGAACACUGGAAGCAACCGAGCAGUGGAUUUCGAAUGAACUACCAGCUGUGCCCUGUCUGACAUGAGGCAGUGAAGACUUCAUGGUUUUGAAAAGGAGCAAGUAGUGAAUGCUAUUCUAUCACCCCAGGGAUGGUGACACGCAAAGCUGACAAACGGGUGCCAAGUUCCAGUGAGCUAGUGAGAAUGUCUCAACCUGCUACCUUAGCUUCUCUACACGUCAUCUUUCUUAUGCUAUUUCUCUGCUGGGAUGCACUUAUUUCGGCACUGCCCAUUGGUCCUGAUUACUUGCAGCGUGGCUGGCAGAGGCUUCUAGAGGAAGGGGAGAGUUGUGUGGAAUGUAGAUUGGAAGAAUGCCCUGUCCCUCGUGGUUGCCUGGCUGGAGUGGUCCUGGAUGCCUGUGAUUGUUGUUGGGAAUGUGCAAAUCUAGAGGGACAGAUCUGUGACCUGGACCAUACCAACCACUUCUAUGGCAAGUGUGGGGAUCACUUAGAGUGCCGUCUUGAUUCAGAAGACCUGCAACAUGGGGAAGUGCCUGAGCCCCAGUGCAUUUGUCUGUCUAACCAAGCUCUUUGUGGCUCUGACGGCAAAACGUAUACUCAGAUCUGCAAAUUCCAAGAGGUGUUUAAUUCCAACCCUGAGGCUAAUCUCACUGUAGCUCAUGAAGGACCCUGUGAAUCAGAGCCCCGUAUUAUAUCUCCUCCUUAUGAUAUCUGGAACACCACUGGGCAAGAUGUAAUCUUUGGCUGUGAAGUCUUUGCAUUUCCCAUGGCAUCUAUUGAAUGGAGGAAAGAGGGUCUGGAUAUGCUGCUUCCUGGAGAUGACCCCCACAUUUCAGUUCAGUUUAGGGGAGGUCCUCAGAAGUAUGAGGUAACCAGCUGGCUUCAAAUCCAAGCUGUGCGGUUGACUGAUGAAGGAAGGUAUCAUUGCUAUGCAAGGAACAGUGUUGGACAAGUGGCAGCUCCUGCCAGCCUUAUGGUUCUCACUCCUGAUCAACUGAAUUUAACUUCAUUGGCUCUGCCCAAGAGGCCCAACCUGGGAUCAAAUGAUGACUGGGAGAGUGAUGAAUCAUAUGAUUAUUACUGAAAAGGUCAUACUGUAUAUAGAAUAGCACUCAGAAUGCAGGGUCAUUUGUAUUUUUUCCCAUUUGAACAUUUAUUUCAUCAUCAACUGGUGCCCCAGUUCUAGAGAAUAAUAAUUAAUAUGGAAACUCUAAUGCAGUGGUGUCAAACUGCCGGCCCGUGGGCCGCUUUCAUCAUACUGGAGCCGCGCCCACCCCAUUGCCGGCAACGGCAAAAAAGUUCCGAUACGUUGCGCGAUGUCACAUGACGUCGCAAGUUUGACAUGUCUGCUCUAAGGUGAUUUUAAGGAAGCCAAAGGAAAUUUUUCUAUGGAGAACUUUAGUACAGUAUAAGUUAAUUCUGGGUAGACAAAAUCAAUAUACUUAAUUGUAUGACCUAUCUCUGGAUGACAAGUACAUCAAAGCAGGUAGAAGAGAAGAAGUAUUUGUAUUUAACUAAUGCAAAUCAAAUGGACAUUAAAAAGGAUUUUGAUUAGCUUCUGGGAGAGUAUAAUUUCAUUGAUUUGAUGCAUCACAUUCACAAUUGUUCCUUUUCUAAUUGCUCAGAGAUUAGACAACAUUGAUGGAUAUAAUUCAAGUAGCAGAGAUCGUGGAGAAAAAAAGAAGCCUCUUUUUUUUUAAUGGGAAGCCUAAGAGCCAAGCCUAAGAACUAAAAUCUCUAGCAAAAUUUAACUAAUUGUUUGGUACACUCAAGAAUUUAAAGGAGGAAAGAUUAGAUCAGCAGAGAAGGAAACUGCUAAACAAGUUUGGGAACAGCUUUUAAAAUGGAAACCAGAUUUCAAAGUGUGCCAAAAUACAUACUGUAUAUAAACUGGAUGAUAGGUGCAGUAUAUUAUUUGGCGAGGCCUAUGUUGUCACCACUUUGGGUUUCCUCCUUGCAGAAAGAAGAAUGAAUGUUAAUUAAAAAGUGCUGAUCAAAGAGACCACAACCGAAGUACUACAAAAAUAGUAAUACUGGUCAGUGUCUCUAUUGUGAAUUUAACUAUUCUUCAGCUUCACUGCUAACUGGAAUUCAUAGUAUGUGCUACUUUGUUUUUCAAGUUUUUCUUUUUUCCCCCAAAGCCUGGAAGCCUACAUUUACUCACCAUGUAUGAAAAAAAAUUGUCUCAAGGGUUUGUUUCAGAUCUGAAAUCUGGAAAGACAUCCAGAAAAACCUAAAAUGAAAUGAGCAUGAAUGACUCGAUUUCGAUUAGGACCUAAAUAUAUCUGAUCAUGAUAAGCCACACAAAGCUAUAAAUGGUGAAACAGUGAAUGUAGCAUUUGAAUGUUGGAAUUUAAGGUAUGACAGCUGCAUUGAUCUGUUCAGCUACCAAAAUAAAUAGGUGACAUUGAGCUAAUUAUUCUGUCUAACCUAUCUUAUUUUUUGUAUUGCUGGCAGAAUUAAAACAGGCAGGGUGUAUGGGCAACCAAUCACCUUGACUUAAGAUUAUAUAUUACUUGUAUAAUGGCUAAAAUACAUA